AUGAUCCCACAUGCUGAAUGAAUUUAGUGACAGUCAACGGGAUGCAGCAGCGUGUUUACAGCCGGUGCAGCAUGUGAAAGUCCAGUAGAAGCGACUUGGUCCACUUUUUGCCCCCUAGCUCGGGCGAUACAUAUUUUGCAAACGAUCUUUUAUCAUAUAUCAUGUCACGCGUGAAUGUGAACUGGAUUAUUACUGUGCUCGCGGUGGAGCUCGCGGUGCUGUCCGCUGCGCGUGCUCACAGCUGUCGCGAGGUGAAAACGGCGUUCCAGGUGCGUCAGAUCGGCCCGCUUAAAUGGGUGCCGGAAACACCUGCCACAGAUGUGGACCUGUCGGUAUGUAAAUACACUGGGCCAUCAUGCUGUACACGAAAAAUGGAGGAGAGCUACAAAGCAGCGGUCCUGAGAGACACCACCCAGAACAUCAGAUCAUACAGCUUUGAGCUGAAAUAUCUUAUUUCUAAACAUGCCACAGCCUUCCAGGAUAUAUUCCAGUCUCUGCUCUCCUUCUCUCAGAGCCACCUGACCUCUCUGUUCGAGAGCAUGUACACCUCCAUCUCAUCUUCCAUCACCACUCACAUCAUCUGCCUCUUCACUGACCUCUCCCGCUUCCUCCAUGGCACCGGCAAUGUCUCCGUGGAAACAGCUGUCCACUGUUUCUUUGACAAUCUCUUUCCAUUGGUCCACACUCAUAUUGUCAAUCCAGGAAUGUCUGGGCCCGUCAGCAUGGGCGCUGCUGAUGGCAACCAGCUCGGCGACUGUCUACGCAUGACAAGGCAGGACGUUAACCCUUUUGGGACGCACCCCAGGUUGAUGGCUGAGGAGCUGGCGAACGCGUUGCGGGCGGGCCGGUUACUCAGCCUAGCAUUGGCCGUGGGGUCGGAGGUCAUGAACAUUACGGACACGCCAGAGUUGUCUAAGGAGUGUGUGCGCGCGCUGGUGCGUAUGCAUUACUGUUCUCACUGUCGGGGGCUGACCCUGAUCCGGGCGUGCAGCGGAUACUGUCUCAAUGUGAUGCGCGGAUGCCUGGUCAGCCUCUCAGAGCUCCACUCACCUUGGAAACAGUAUGCAGCUAUACUGCAGGAUCUCACACAUAUGGUUGCCGAAGCGCAUAACCUGGAGCUUGCACUGUUGAGGAUCAGACAUCACGUUGAUGAGGCCAUACUCUAUGCUCAGCUACACGGGCUCAGGCUCACUGCCACGGUGGAUAAGGUGUGUGGUCACUCUUCAAAUGCGUCAUCCACCACAGUCAGGACGUUUCCAUUGACUGCAGUCACACCUCCACCUACUAACAGCUCACAGGAUGUUCCAGGAGCCGAUAAGAUCGGAAUGUUGGCGCAUCUUCACAGGGAGUUUAUGGGUUACAUCUCCCGAUAUAAGUCCUUCUUCGCCAUUCUUCCGGAGACGUUGUGCGAGGGAGAGAUAGGCGUAGACGAGCUCACAUGUUGGAGCGGAGACGAUGUUGUAAAAAGAUAUGAAGCAAGGGUGGUGGGCAAUGGAGUCCAUGCUCAAAGGCAGAAUCCAGAAGUAAGGGUCAGAGGUGCUGAACCUGUGUUUAUGGAGAUCAAAGACAGACUCGAGCAGUUCAACCAGGAGAUCCAAGUGGUCAUGCCAGGUGUGGGGAACAUUGAAUUCUGGGACGACGAUACAGGCAGUGGGGCGGAAACCAGUGGUGAAUGUGAUGAUGAGGAUGCUUGUGAAGGCUCUGGAGAAUCUGUGUCCACACCCGCUCUGAAAGAACAUGAUAUAUCCAAAAAACUGACAGAGGUACCUUUCCACGAGUCGCCCAUCAUUCGAAGCAAACCUACAUCUGGUGUUUCUCGUUCCAUGGCCAGCAUCAUCAGCAUCAUCCUCACUCUGGGGCUACAGUUGUUCUUCAUCUGAAAAGCCAAACACACACACAGAUUACAUACACACAUGGCUAAAUCUCAUGAAGAAAUGUGUGGAACAUAUUUCAACCCAAAAUCCAAAGCAAUUGUAUAAUGUUUUGAAUAAAGCAAAUGAACUCUAUUUUUAGACUGUUCAGAUUUUGUAUUAUUUUUGUAUUUUUUUUUUGCAUGUUGACAUUUUUUUAUUUGUAUUAUUUUCACAAAUUAAACUUGCCUUGACAUAACUACUGUGAUGUGGAGAAAAGAAAAAUCAUUAUAUAACAGAUUUUUUGCAUUAAGGUAGCUCCCUGAGACACAAUGUGCUGCAUUGUCAUAGAAUUAACGUCACAAUGCUAAAAACAAAAGAUGUCUUAAUUGUAUUACAAUAGCUCUUAUUUUCUUUGUGCAACAAAUGUUUGUUUUUUUAUUUCAUUUAUUUAUUUAUUUUUAUUUUGGGCUUGAAAUAUGAUUCAGAUAUAUUCUUCACAGCUUUCGUGAGAAUCAAUCACACAGUACCCAAGAACUCAAAUUUUAAGGUUGUUUCUUAUGUUCCCAGGCUUCUGUGACAGCCCCAUUUUUUUGUGGAAGCCUCCAGCAAAGAAACUCACAGUGCUCCCUGGGGUUUAAAUGUUAGCACUCUCUGCACAUUCAUAUUAUUAGAACAAAAUUGUUAUCAUCACCGUCUCCGACUGAGGUAUGCAUGACGAAAUAUCUGCAUCUGUGGAAACAUCGCUCAUGAGCAGUCAACAGAGAAGAAAAUAAAUAGAUACUGUCUGCACAAUCAGCAAGGGAUAUUACCAUCACUCACACAAAAACACACACAUACAGCAUUGUUUAUUGAAUGAAACAGAACUAUAAAUGAUAUGCACAUUGUAGUAUGUAUAUAGUUUGGACUGCCGCUGAAUUUAUAGACAACGAAUGUUUAAAUGAAGUAUUACACUACCUUUUGUUUUUAUUAAUUGUUUUGCAAUUUAACAGGUCUUACCAAAAUUCAUCCCAUCUGUACACUCACAGACACACAGUUAAGAAUUUAUCUUACAAAGUAUUGACAAUGCUCUAUGGCAUUGCUGUUACCUGCAUGACUUUCUUGGCCUAAAUGGCUUGAACCAUCCAUUUAAUAGAAUAGUUCAUCCAAAAAUGAAAAUUCUCUCAUCUUUUACUCACCUCCAUGUUGUCGGUGGCGAGUAAAAGAAUGUAUGACAUUCUUUUCUCAUUGGAACACAAAAGGAGACGUUAGGCAGAAUGUUAGCAGCAGUCACCAUUCAGUGCAUCUUUUUGAACGUCAAUGAAAGUCAGAAAUGACUGAGGCUAACAUUCUGCCAACAUCUCCUUUUUGGGUGCACUAGCCCUUUAAUACUUUAAAAGUAUUUUUUUAUCCUCUGUUUACCACCCCAGAGCAAGAAAACCCACACAUUUAACACAUUUAACUUUAAUAUUGUACCAUGUAGAGUACAUUCUGUCAUUUUGAAUUUGAGCAAAUGACAUUUGAAAUUGCACUAAACUUCUUUUAUUCAAGUACAAAGUUACUUGAAUAAACGGUUAAAGAGCCCGUGCCCCCCUCCCCCCCCCCAAAAAAAAUAAAAAAAAUAAAUGCGGUACAGAUUUUUCAUGAAUGUUCUGUAAUAUUUGAUGAAAAAAAAAAUUUAAAAAAAAAAAAAAAAGGGUUUAAAAGGCCGACAGAUAUGCAGAAUGCCUUUCUUUUAUAUAAAAAUGUACUUAAAGCAAAGCAAUGCAAGAGAUUAAGAGAUACCAAAUAUUUUCUGUAAUCGCUUCUUCAGCAGUCUGUUUGUAGCAUCACAAGACACAUUUCUAUUGCCUAUUGUAUGUUAACAUUUAAGAGUCAGUAUUAAAACAAUGCUACAGUUCUUAUACAGAAGCAAAAGCAUCUAAUGAGUCUGUAAGCAUUUUUAUUUUUAUUUAGAGCUGUUUUUUGUUGAUGUUUCUGAUUGCACAUAAUUUGCUAUAUUUGAUUUAUUUCUGUCAUAUCUAUCUGAAAUAGUUUCUACAGUGUUUUUAUAUUAAUGAUAACACAUCUUCAUACAUUCUUAAACAUUUGCAAUUCAACCAUUCAGCCUCAUAAAUAUGCAAAUUUAGAAGGUGGAAAGAAAUAAAAAAGAAUUCAAUUUUAGUGAAGGGAAUUCCCUAAUAUACAGUAUAGGGAAAGGAAUUAAAAACAAAUGUCGGGGGAGUUAUUUUAAACUACUAUACAAUUUAAUAUAUUACAUUUGUUAAAGAAAUAUAACAGUUUUCAAAAAACAUUUUAGUAACCACAAAACUGAGACCACUGUAAUGUAUGCGCUCGUAAACAAACAUUGCCUUCACCGGAAUAUGUAACCAUAGCAACACUAUGCUGCUCGCUUUGUUAAAAUCAAUAUUGGUGGGUACAUUGGCAAAACUUAAAUCCUGUCAUUAUUUGUCUCUUUAUGAUAGAUUUGCAUAUCUGAAGUACUGUAUAUCACACAAAAAACUUCUGUUAUGUUCUGUUCAAAAGUUUGUUUAACUGACAAAGUUUAACAAGUUGUGCCUCAAAAAAGUAUACCCCCCAAAAGUCAUUGUAUACUGUAAUUUGCACACUGGACAAACACCCCGCAAUUAUGGAACUGUAACUAAACCAUUUUGUAUUUUUUUUUUUAUGCAGUACAACUCUUGUUUCUUUUGAUGGUUGUAAAAUGAACUGGGAUUACUUUUUGUUUGCUGUGUUUUGUUUUGUUUGUUUGAUCGUUGUUUUGUUGAUACAGUUGAACACUUACACGCUCAGUUCAUGAAGCUACUGAAGACCCGUCAGAUAUACACAGUGCAUAUAAGAAUUUGUGACAGUAAACCUUUCAUGAUGGAAUUAAAAUGAUAAAUCUCCACUGUUGGUUAAACUUAAAAAAUAAAAAAUAUCCAACUUUGGUUUAAUUGUUCA